GCGCGCGCUGUACUUAUGAACAGUCCUCUCUCCGCGCCGCCUCCGUUCAGGACGGCGCCUUUUCUCUGGGGGAAGCGGCCCGCGCGGAACCAAGGCGAGGCGGCUCACUGUUUCCGCGGGAGGCGGCGGGAAAGGAGCCGCGCGGCGCCCGGAAGCGGGAGGCUUCUGCCCGGGAGAGGCUGCGAGAGGGAGACGGAGACCUCCUACUUCUCUUUGCUUGCGGCAGCCUCGGCCCUGGCGGAGAAGGAGGAGCCAGAAGGGAGCGCGGGGGCCGCGGAGCGGAGGCAGGCUAGCCGGCAGGCGGCGAGAGGCGCCUCCACGCGUCAGACCCUUAAAGACGAGGCGGUUUAUUGUGGUGCAAGCCUUUGUGGACGGCAAUCUGCGUCAUCAUGGAAUCGUGGAGUUGGAAGGGAAGCACAAGGGUCAUUAGUCCAGCCCCAGGCAGCAUCGCCCAUGGUCAGGGCAGGUGAAAGUCCCAACAACAGAUGGAGAGCCACAGGUUGCCCACUCACUGGCAUAGACCAUGUCAAAUGCUCUUCCAUGCUGUUUCUUUGCAUCAGAGUCCCCUGUAAGGUCUGCUGCAGAGUAAAACAUAAACAUGGCCAAGGUUAUCAAAAUGUUUCACACACUCAGAAAUCACUGGAAGAAGACCACUGCUGGGGCCUGCCUGCUCACCUGGGGAGGAAACUGGCUGUAUGGAAAACACUGGUGUUUGGCAACCAGAUUCUUCCUUCCAGCAUGCAGAUCAAGAAAGCAACAGUGUUUCUCAACCCUGCAGCUUGCAAAGGCAAAGCCAGGAGUCUUUUUGAAAAGAACGCAGCCCCAAUUCUUCACUUGUCUGGUCUGGAUGUGACUGUGGUUAAGACAGAUUAUGAAGGGCAAGCAAAGAAGUUGUUGGAGCUGAUGGAAAACACAGACAUGAUAAUCGUUGCAGGAGGGGAUGGAACAUUGCAAGAGGUCAUAACUGGCCUACUCCGAAGGGUGGAUGAGGCAGCUUUCAGUAAGAUUCCCAUCGGAUUCAUUCCCCUCGGAAAGACCAGCACCUUAAGUCACACGCUUUAUCCAGAGAGUGCAAACCAAGUCCAGCAUAUUACUGACGCCACAUUGUCCAUACUGAAAGGAGAGACUAUUCCACUUGACGUUUUGCAAAUUAAGGGGAACAAAGACCAGCCCGUCUUUGCUGUAACUGGUUUAAGAUGGGGGUCUUACAGAGAUGCGGGAGCAAAAGUCAGCAAGUACUGGUAUCUUGGGCCUCUGAAAAUCAAAGCAGCCCACUUCUUUAAUACAUUGAAGGAGUGGCCUCAGAAGCAUCUAGCCUCCCUUUCCUAUUUGGACCCAACUCCAAGGCCUCCUGAGGAGCCGGAGCAGAAGACCCCUAGACCUCCUUUAUACAUCAGGCUUUACAAGAGACUGGCACAUUAUUGGACACCUGUCCCCAAAGAAAUCCCCAAGGAGGUGACCCCGGAGGCCUGGAGAGAAAUGCAGCUGUCCGCUAUUGAAUUCUCUGUCACUACUCAGAACAGACAUCUUGACUUGAAACGCACAGAAGACUUCAUGAAUAUUUGCAUUGAACCAGAUUCAAUCAGUAAAGGAGAAUACAUUAAAAGAGGAAGCCAAAAGAUGGAGGACCCCCACUUGUGCCCAGAAGGAAGCCAGUGCCUUCAGGCUAGCAGGUGUAUCUUGCAGCUUCCAGAGGAUACGGAAGGCUUCUUGGCUGUGGACAGCGAGGAGUACGAAGUGAUGCCAGUGGAAGUGAAGCUGCUGCCCAGGAAACUCCGGUUUUUCUGUGAUGCCAGAAAAAAAGAGCAAAUGCUUCAAGGCGCAUCCUAGCGAAGGCUGCUGCCGCCAGCCAACCGUGUGAACUUCAAAACGAUGCUCUCCGGCUCCUGGUUGGCAGGCUGGCGUUUGCAUCUGAUAAGGCCUGCAGGCAUGUCAGGUGCCAAAGAAGACACAUAUGGAAAGGGUCUCUGAAAAGGGGGUCAAAUUGGUUAAGUUUAAAGAACUGCAGCUGGAAAAUUUGCAUGCCUUUCCUCGAGUACAAUGAAAGACUUUGUUUUAUUGCAGACUGA